CGGAGAAGCGGCUGCUAAGGAGGCGACAAGCCGGGCCGAGCUCUGCCAGCGCCGUCCCGCAGCAGCGCCCAGAGCCGAACGGAGCGGAGCGCGGGCGGACCGGCGGUGCCUGGAUGGGGCAGAGGCAGAGCCACCGACGGAGCUGAGCCUGCGCUGGUGGAGGCUGCUGGCGGGAUGCCAUUCUUUGCGCCAUCCGUGGACAGGAAGACCUCAAAGGAGGAGGAGCGGUGCCUGCGGGCAAAUGACCGGGCCUUCAACCUGCAGUUCGAUUAUGCUAAAAACUCCAUUAAAACCUCCAAGUACAACCUGUUCACCUUCCUGCCUCUCAACCUCUUCGAGCAAUUCCAGCGCGUCGCCAAUGCCUACUUCCUCGUUUUGCUCAUCUUGCAGCUCAUCCCUGAGAUCUCCUCCCUCUCCUGGUUCACCACAGUGGUGCCUCUGGUCUUGGUCCUGACCGUGUCCGCAGUCAAGGAUGCCAUGGAUGACGUUAAUCGUCACGCAAAUGACAAGCAAGUCAACAACCGGCCAGUUAAGGUUCUGAUUAAUGGCAGUUUGAAGGAAGACUUGUGGCUCAACGUUGAAGUGGGAGACAUCAUCAAGCUGGAGAACAAUAAUUUUGUGACAGCAGACAUCCUCUUGCUCUGCAGCAGUGAACCCCACAGCCUGACCUACAUUGAGACGACGGAACUGGACGGGGAAACCAACCUGAAGGUGAAGCAGGCGCUGACCGUCACUGCGGGGCUGGGAGGGGACCUGCAGGCCCUGAACAGCUUUAAUGGGGAAAUCCGCUGCGAAGCCCCCAACAACCGGCUGGGGAGGUUCACUGGGACCCUCUUCUUCAAGAAGGAGAAAUAUGCCCUGGACAACGAGCAGCUGCUGCUGAGGGGCUGCAUCAUCCGCAACACCGACUGGUGCUUCGGGCUGGUCAUCUUUGCCGGGCCAGACACCAAGCUGAUGCAAAACAGCGGAAAAACCACUUUGAAACGGACCAGCAUCGAUCGUCUCAUGAACUACUUGGUCUUGGUGAUCUUCCUCUUUUUGGCUAUCAUGUGUUUGAUCCUGGCCAUCGGCAACUGCAUCUGGGAAUACAGCCAGGGCUACCGGUUCCAGGUGUACCUGCCCUGGGCGACGGAUGUCAACUCGGCAUUCUUCUCUGCAUUUCUUGUGUUCUGGUCCUAUGUCAUCAUCCUCAACACCGUGGUACCCAUUUCUCUCUAUGUCAGCGUUGAGAUCAUUCGCCUGGCCAACAGCUGUUACAUCGACUGGGACCGCAAGAUGUACUACCCGCCCCACGAUAUGCCUGCCCAGGCCCGCACCACCACCCUCAACGAGGAGCUGGGGCAGAUCAGAUACAUCUUCUCUGACAAAACAGGGACCCUCACUAAGAACAUUAUGAUCUUCAACAAAUGCUGCAUCACUGGGAAGCUCUAUGGAGAUACUCUGGAUUCAGAGGGAUUCCUGGUGGAGGACAUUGAGACAAUGGACAAAGUUGACUUUUCGUGGAACCCUUUGGCCGACCCAAAGUUUGUCUUCUAUGACCCCAGACUGCUCCAAGCGGUGAAGGCCAGGGAUGAGUCCACACACAGGUUCUUCCGUCUCCUUUCCCUCUGCCACACGGUGAUGCCAGAAGAAACAAAGGAGGGUACGUUGGUGUACCAAGCCCAGUCCCCAGACGAGGGGGCCUUGGUGACUGCAGCCCGGAACUUCGGCUUUGUGUUUCGUGCCCGCACCCCCACGACCAUCACCGUGGUGGAAAUGGGGGAAACUGUGGUUUACGAGAUGCUGGCCAUUCUGGACUUCAACAAUGUGCGCAAAAGGAUGUCCGUCAUUGUGCGAAACCCGAGGGGUCAGCUGACUCUGUACUGCAAAGGGGCCGACACAAUCCUGUACAAGCUCCUCCAUCCCUCCUGCAAACAACUUGAGGAAGAGACUACAGAGCACCUGGAUGAGUUUGCCGGGGAAGGUUUGCGGACUUUGGUGGUGGCUUACCGAGACCUGGAGGAAUCCUACUUUGAGGGCUGGUGGAAGCGUCACCACAAGGCGAGCACCAGCUUGCAGGACCGAGAAGGAAAGCUGUCCAAGCUGUAUGAGGAGAUCGAGAGAGACCUGCAGCUGCUUGGUGCCACCGCUGUGGAGGACAAGCUGCAGGAAGGGGUCCCCCAGACCAUUGAGAUCCUGGGAAGGGCACACAUUAAAAUCUGGGUGCUCACCGGUGACAAGCAAGAGACCGCAGUGAAUAUUGGCUAUUCCUGCAACAUGCUGUAUGAUGCCAUGAAGGAUAUCUUCAUCAUCCACGGUGACAGCUGGGAGGAAGUGGAGCAGCAGCUCAGGACAGCAAGAGACAGGAUGGAAGCAGACCUUGAAACGAAGGCAGAAGAGUUCGGCAUCAACAGAUCAACCUCCUCUGGCUUCUGGAACAAAGAGCCCGCCAGCGGAGACUACGGUCUGGUCAUUAAUGGGCACAGCUUGGCCCAUGCGCUGGAGGGGGAGCUCUCGGAAUUGCUGGUGGACACAGCCUGCCUGUGCAAAACGGUGAUCUGCUGCCGGGUGACUCCGCUGCAGAAGGCCCAGGUAGUGGAGCUGGUGAAGAAGUACAGGAACGCUGUCACCCUGGCCAUCGGAGAUGGCGCCAAUGAUGUCGGCAUGAUCAAAACUGCUCACAUUGGCGUCGGCAUCAGUGGCCAGGAGGGAAUGCAGGCGGUGAUGUCCAGCGACUUCUCCUUUGCCCAGUUCCGCUACCUGCAGCGGCUGCUGCUGGUCCACGGCCGGUGGUCAUACAUCCGCAUGUGCAAGUUCUUGUCUUACUUCUUCUACAAAAACUUUGCCUUCACGCUGGUGCACUUCUGGUACGGCUUCUUCUCCGGCUUCUCCGCCCAGACGGUCUACGAUGAAUGGUUCAUCACCCUCUACAACAUGGUAUACACCUGUUUGCCAGUGCUUGGAAUGAGCCUCUUUGACCAGGAUGUGGAUGAUCGCUGGAGCCUGCAGUUUCCCCAGCUGUACUUGCCCGGCCAGCAGAAUCUCUACUUCAACAAGAAGGAGUUUGCCAAAUGCAUCCUCUACAGCAUCUACAGCUCCCUGGUGCUUUUCCUGGUCCCUUAUGGAACCAUUUUUAAUUCCAUGCGGAGCGACGGGAGGGACAUUGCCGAUUACCAGUCCUUCGCCCUUAUUGUGCAGACCUGUCUGCUCAUCGUGGUGUCGGUCCAGAUGGGCUUAGACACGGCCUACUGGACAGCCGUGAACCAGCUCUUCCUCUGGGGCAGCCUGGCCAUCUACUUCGUCAUCACCUUCACCUUGUACAGCGACGGCACCUACCAGAUAUUCACCUCCUCCUUCCCCUUUGUUGGCACCGCCCGGAACAUCCUCAGCCAGCCCAAGGUGUGGCUGGCCAUCUGCCUCUGCGUGAGUCUCUGCGUCCUGCCGGUCAUUGGCUUCCGGUUCCUGAAAAUGCAGUUCAUGCCGAGCCUCAGCGAUCAGACUCUCGCGCCCCCCGCCGUCUCAGCCGGACUCUUCUUCUCUUGCGCAGGUGGUGCGCAAAGUGAGGCAGCUCCGCAAAGCGCCCGGCCCGCCCGCCCUGAAGCGCUACCUGCAGCGCAGCGCCUCCCGCCGCUCCGGCUACGCCUUCUCGCACCAGCAGGGCUUCGGGGCCCUCAUCACCUCCGGCCGGAACAUGCGCCUCAAGUCCCCCGCCGCCGGCUCGGCCGCUUUCUUGCCCUACGCCCAGAAGUACCGGCCGCGCCUGGAGAAGAAAGAGGGGGCCGCUUCCUAGCUUUCCCCGGCAGGCGACGCCCCGAGCGGCUGGGGGGCCGGAGGGACCCUCGCUUCCCCUGGGACAUGGGAGUUGGCCAGCGCAGAGUGCUACGGCCGGCGGACGGGGGCAGGACGCGGUUCGGAAGCGGACCCUGCGGACGGAGGGGAGCCGCCCUGCCCCCUCCCACCAAGGCCAGGCUUGGGAGGGGGCUUCUAGCAGGUUCAGGGCGGGAGAGCCCUUAGCGCUUCCUGGGAUUUGACCUCAACACCAGCUCCUCCCUGGCGGCUCUCCUGAAGUCUAACGCCGGCGUGCUGCUGCUUCUGAAUGCUUUCCGCGCAGGGGGUGGGGUGGGCUGAAAGGGGCUCUGCCUGAGCUGAGACCCCCGUAAGGCCGGACCGGCGGGGAGGUCUCCCCCUCUCUCCAGCUCAGGAAAAGGAGCGGGUAGUGUUGCGCCCACUGCCCGAACAAAGAUGCUGCCUCGCGGAGAGUCUGGGCUUCUGGGGACCCAAGUGGAGGAGGGGGUUCAGGUCCAGCAAAGACCGGGGGCUCCUGGCUCAGGAAGAUGGGGAGCCCCAGAACAAGUUUGGAAGGGGGCCGCAACUGUUCUGGAUGCAUUACCUGCAGGUCAAGUGGGGAGGGGACCCUGGAGCACCCCUCCUUCUCUACUCCUGAGCUGGAUGUGUUGCUUCCCCCUUGAGCCUUGGGGUGGGGGGGGGAGGAGGAGAAAGAGGCACCCAUCACUAUUGCACCCAAGACUGCCUUCUGAGAUUUGUUCACCCAGUCUGCGGAAGAUGCUGACCCCCUCCUGGGUGAUCUCUCCUGCUGGUUCUGCACUGCUUUGCCCCACAGCGCAUCUGGGCUGUGGGGCCAGAGUGGGUGGCUUGAAUUUUCGCACCUCAACACUGAGUAAAAUGAGGCCAGAAAUGCCCUUGGCAACUAGCAGGUCACUCUUGUGGGGUUCUGGCAUCUUUAGGCCCUAGAAGGUAGGGGGCCAUGACAGGGCUGGGGGGGGCGCUGGUAAAGGAGCCCCAUCUUCUGGGCCAGAGAUGCCCAGUCUGCUGGAAGAAGAUACUCCAGGGGAGGUUUCACUGUUACUGGCAAUCCCGCCCCCCACUUGGCCACUGCUGGGGUAGUCAGGCACCCGUUGCUUUCAGCAAAGGUCUCCAGCGUCCUGUGGCCUUAGUUGACUAGGCCAGAAAGCUCUGCUGCCAAGGCCACUCGGAAGAGAGACACCCUGCCUUGUGCCCUCCCUUUGGGGGGCAUCCCUGGGGGGCUGCCGUGGGAUGGAAGCUUGCAGGAAAUUUUGUCCCACAAUGUUCCUCUACUAAGGUGCCUUUUUUCCGCAAGCAUUUCUGUUUAAUUCUUAGAAUGGUAUUGCUUCAUCCAAAAUUAUUGCAUAAGAUGGUUAUGGAAAUUACGGUCAGCCAGGAUUAGGGAACAGAAGGGAUAUUAUGCCAGUCAAAUCUAAAUCCAGUGUUGUAAUUUUUUUACGCCCAUAUGUUUAUGCACACAGCAAUUGAGGCUUGCUGAGGAUAAUAUAAUGUUCAGCUUUAAAAAAAAAUAAAUAGUAUAAGGGAAGUCUCUAUUAUUUAUUUGACACAUCUCCAAAUAAUUGCGAGCAUUCUCACAAAAAGAUAUCUUGAUGUAUUUGAAAAUAAAAUAAAACCACCCCAACCACCUUCUGCAUGUUUCUG